UCAGAAGUUAACCUUGGUCCGGCUAGAGAGGGUGCUCAGUGUUUUGGUUCUGAUUUUUUUGGGGUCAGGAAAAGGUGAAAAAAUGGUGACUACCAGUGACAAUGUUUACGAAGAACGUAUCAAACAUCUUGAAGCAGAAAAGGCAUCGUUGAUGGAAAAGAAUACACAAUUGGAGAAAAUGAAAAUAUCCUACGCAGUUAGUGUCGAAAUCAUGAAAACAAGCAUAGAAUCCCUUCAAGAGGUGCUAGUAACGUGUCGUGCAGACAUGUUGCUUCAACAGAGCCAAACAUCCGUGGAAAGUCACCUCCCGGAAUCACCCGUUCCGGAUGACGUUAUUGGCUCACCUGGUUACCAGGCGAAACUGUAUCGGUCUAAUUCCACCUUCGCAAAUUUAAAAACAGAAAUUGACACCCUAAAAGCUCAGCUCGAGAUCUACAAGAACGAUUUUGCCGAAGAACGGAUGGCUCGUUUGGCCGUUCAGGUGGAAAAAGCUCAACUGGAAGCCGAACUGCAGCAGCUCCAGCAACAAAACCGGCAGCUGAUCGUUGAGGCGCUUAAUGGUCAUGCAGCAGACCCGGUUAGUUCACAGGUCGGCACUAAUAAUAAUCAUCGGUCGUCGGCGUCACCAGGAAGUGUGGACCAUCAGGCCGGCGCUGAGUCACGGCGGGUUAGAAUGGACUCUAGAUCGGGCGAAACGUCCCACUGUAUGCACUGCAAUGCCGAUUUCGGGGAUAUACAUUCACUCGAAACGCACAUCGAAGAAUGUCCGGCGUAUUGAGCGCGGCGGCAUCAAUGGUCAAAGUUGAAUGUCAAACACGAAUUCCGGUUGCAGCUUUUUUUCGAGUCAUGUUUGAUUGCAUGAGCUUCUUCAAAAAAAAAAAAAAAAUCGGGUUAAUUCUAAAAGAGCUAAUGAAUGGUAAAUAGUUUUAGUAAUGGUAAAAGCAUUAAAAGUCGUAAUAAUAUCCGGUAUGUUUU